GCAGUGUCAGUCAGUCGAUCGAUGGUGCCGCUGCUGAGUAGAAAAACGGGCGAAAAGAUUUGUAAAUUGGCACCAAGAAGAGGACUAAUUAUCCUGUUACUCAUAAACUCUCAAGAGGAAUAAACCUGUUUCAAGCCCUACACACUGAGUGUAACUUAGGGCAGCAGCGAUGUCGGGCUCCUACGACGACUCCAUGAUCGAUGUCUCCAGUGAUAGCUUCUGGGAGGUUGGUAACUACAAGCGCACAGUGAAACGGGUAGACGAUGGCAAUCGGCUCUGUAACGAUCUGAUGAGCUGUCUUCAUGAGCGGGCACGUAUUGAAAAGGCGUACGCACAGCAGCUCACAGAAUGGGGAAAGCGCUGGCGGCAACUCAUAGAGAAAGGUCCUCAGUAUGGCACAUUGGAGCGGGCGUGGUCUGCGCUGUGCACAGAGGCGGAGAAGGUGAGCGAGCUCCACAUGGAGGUGAAAGCAGCACUGAUGGGAGAAGACUACGAGAAGCUAAAGAACUGGCAGAGAGACUCCUACCACAAACAGAUGAUCGGUGGCUUUAAAGAGACUAAAGAGGCUGAGGACGGUUUCCGCAAGGCUCAGAAACCCUGGGCCAAGAAACUCAAAGAGGUAGAGACAAUGAAGAAAUCGUAUCAUUCUGCCUGCAAAGAGGAGAAGCUGGCAGCCAGCAGGGAGACCAACAGCAAACUAGAGAGCAACAACAAUCCUGAAGCCCAGAAGAAGCUCCAGGAAAAGGUGGAGAAGUGUCAGCAGGAGGCGCAGAAGACUAAGGAGCGCUACGAGAAAUCUCUUGAAGAGCUCGACAAGUUGACUCCUCAGUACAUGGAGAACAUGGAGCAGGUGUUUGAGCAGUGGCAGCAGUUUGAAGACAAACGCAUCCGCUUUUUCAGAGAGCUGCUUCUGGAGGUUAAACAGCACCUGGACCUCUCAUCCAAUCACAGGUUCCAGACAGUCUACCACACACUGGAAGACACAGUCUCUGCUACUGAUGCUGAGGAGGACCUGAAAUGGUUCCGGUCCAAUCACGGCCCCGGCAUGCCAAUGAACUGGCCCCAGUUUGAGGACUGGUCCAUAGACCUGAACCGAACCCUCAGCAGACGAGAAAAGAAGAAGCCGUCAGAGGGCGUCACACUGACCGGCAUCAGCCAGACUGGGUCAGACCAGCCAGUCCAGCCUGCCAAGACGAGCAGCAGCCUGAGUGUGCCCACUAAAACGGUGCCAGUGGGCUCGAACCCCUUUGACGAGGACGAGGAUGAAGAAGAGGAAAUGGCCGUGGAGCAGCAGACCACAGUCAACCACAUCAGUGUCAAUAAAGAGGAAAUAAAAACUGUGAGCAGUACGGAGAAGACUCCAGACUGGUCGGAUGAAGACACAGGUGGUAACCCAUUCUCUGCCAACGGUGAUGGAAAUCCAUUUGAGGAGGAGCCGGCUUCUCCGGUUGUAUCUGUGCCGGUCAGAGCCCUCUAUGACUAUGAAGGACAGGAGCAGGAUGAGCUGAGCUUCAAAGCAGGGGAUGAAUUUACCAAAAUUGGUGAGGAAGAUGAUCAGGGUUGGUGCAAAGGCCGGCUCAAGGGUGGAGAGACAGGCCUCUAUCCUGCUAACUAUGUGGAAGCCAUUCAGUAGUGAGUUAUCACAGAUGUAACAAAUGUGAAGAAACAAGAAAGUGGUUUAUUGAGAAAUGACAGUGCGGCUGGAAAAAGGUUCAGCCUUAUUUUCAACCUUUUCCUCCCUGCUGGCGAAGACUGGACUGGAGUGGGAGACGGGAAAAGAGGAGAGGUUUCAGAUCAUAAAAGGACCACCUGACAUAUUGUUGCUUUGACCCUCGUAGAAACUAAGGUGGAAAUUGACCACAGGUUUCCAGAUGAUUCCAGGCAAGGAAGAUCACAUAAACAGAAAAAUUGCUGUCAGUGUAAAAUAUGUUACUUAGAAUCCCAUUUAUGCUGUUACAAAAAUAAUAGGUAUUCAAGUAUAUAUAUUAGAUAAGACUCGAUGAACUUUGUGUGUGAAUUUAUAUGUUGUUGAAACGAAACACUGGGAUAUGACAGUCAUGACAAAUCGUCUUGCAAUGUUAGCCAUGCAGCCUUAAUAUGAAAGCCACUAUGGAUUCAUGGAUUCAUUUUUAUAACCAUAAUUAAUUAUUUCUGCCUGUUAGAGUCUGGUCCAUAAAUUUUUGAUAAACGUUUGAUCUUUUGGACAAAAAAAGCCCUCAUAUGGUGAUAAUUGUGUCAGAUUUAACUUGACAUGUCAGACUUAAACUCGUGCUUACAUUGUUCUGUUGUUCCUUUCAGGGUUUUUGUUUUUCCAUUCAGUUCAUAAGCUGUUCUGGGUGUUUUAUAAGGAAUGAUAAAGACCAUUAGAGCCUUAUCCUGACAUAGUCUUCAUUUAGCUCACAGUGGGUAGGUUUCCUCUAGUCACUGCAAUUGAAUGUAUAUUCACUGAUUGUAUUUCUUCGCCUGUUGAUUGUUCACUUUUGCUGAUGUUGGGUUUUCACAGCCACUGACCCAUUAACACCUGUCCUUAAGUCUCUCUCCUUUCUGUUGCAGAUAAUACUAUAUGUUUUUGUUUUUCAUGCAACACUGAAAGAUUUUCACAAAAGUUUAUCUCACUUGAAUCUCUCGUGUUUUAGUUCUCUCGCUUCUUGUCAAAUAUAAAGUUAUGGGAGAAUAUUUUAGUGUUUGUUUUUUGAAAAUAUAUUACAAAUUAUAGCAAUAAAACAACAGCCAAGUAUGGUAUUGCAUACAUGCAUGUAAAUAGCUUGGAUUGAACAUGUUAGAACAAAUUAAGCAUCAAGAUCAGAUGAUAUGUAGUUGGAAAUUGAUUGUUAAUUUAUAAUGCCACAAGUGCUUUUGUUCCUCUCUUUUUAGAAUGCUGUGACUGAAAAUCACUUUGUACAUUAAUUGAAUGUUAAAUGCAAAAAUAUCCCUUGAAUCUGUUAUUUUGUUAUAUUUGUAAAUAUGAUUAUUUUUCCCCUUCAUAGAGGGCCACACUCAUUGAGUUAAUCGACAAAUACUAUGUGAAUAAUUGUUGAUUUCCUCUUAGGAGCUAUGACAUGAAUAAAUAUACCUGAUUUCAUAACCUUGUUUUGAUCAUCGAGUAUUGUGUCAGCUUGCAAUUUUGCAGAGCUGAACUUCAGGCUUUUCGCUUGUGCAAGCUCUAAAUUCAUUAACUGGCUAAUGUAUCGAUGAAAUCACUGAAAAAUGCUUUUUGAUGCCUUCAACUGCAGCACACGAGGAAGAUGAUUGUUGUUUUUAACAAUAAUGAGAAAGGAGAUGUUUUGCCAUGUUUUCAGGGCAUGCUGUCGUCAAAACGCAGCAACAGCUGUACUUGCACAGUAAGGUUUGUAAAUGUUGUCCCACAACAUAAUAAAUGAGUUUAUUGGAAAAAACA